CCCCCCCCUCCCUGUAUGUAGCACGACUCUCUCCCCACGCUGCUUCAUUGCUCACGACGUCCACGCAAGAGAAGCGUCUGUCUGUCACAUCUGAUCAAAACAAAAGCGGAUUACCAAGACAACAUAGGGUCCACACAGGUGAGGCCACGGCGAAAAACAUUGACCCAUCUGUCAGGCGACGUGUCGAGUUGCCCGGUGCCGGGUGCAAGUGAGUCGAGGGAGGCAAAGAAGCCGACUUUUCAAAGAGCAACCCCGCCUGCUAUUUGGGCUGUGCUGUGGCCAGGGAGUGUCUCACUUUCCGACACAAAAAGGGCCGCCCACCUAUCCAAAGGACUGUGUACAUACUGGAUAUCAAUUAACAUAAGCGCUAAGAUUACCCCCCUCCGCAAAAAGAGACACCAAACUUAAACACUGUGGUUUCCUCAAAUGCUACCCUCCAAUUUCGAGGAAUGAAACUCACGUGUUGAACCAGCGACUGCACAGUUUGGAGGUCUUUCCUAUCCUGUGGAAUCAUCAUGAAGCCGUUGACCCCCAUCGGGUCACCGUCCCCCCUUCGGCUCCUCAACAAGGGUCCGGAGUAUUUGCGGCGGCAGAUCGACGGCGGGAACCACGGUCGAGCGAUUAGCGCCGUAGAGAGGCUGGAAGCAGACAAGGCUAAGUAUGUCAAGAGCCAGCAGGUCAUCAACACCAAACAGGAACCAGUGUUGGUGCCGUGCGCCACCCCGCCGCCGCCUCGGAGGGCUUUUGCCUCUCCCCAACUCCCUCCUCGCCGUUUAUCCGGCACCCCCUUCUCCACUCUGUCCGGAUCUUUUACCUCCAGGGAUGAAAAUGAAAACGACGACUCCAGAAAGGAGAAUCAACUGUCUUCCAUCGACAUGGAGGCUCAUAAAAACGUCAUCAACAACAGGAAGCUCCCCAGCCCCAGAGCACACGGAUUCACCACCCCAGUGGCGCCGCACAGUGCCCCCGUCCUCCGCAGGAGCACCGGCAAACGCAUGAUGAGACCCGACUCGCUCGUCAUCUACCGGCAGAAGAAAGAGUGCAAGAGUCCCAAUGGCGAGAACGGCAGUGUGGAGCUGAAGGGCUACGGCUUCGUCCGCCGCCUCUUCCAGGGCUCCAUGAGGGACAAGGCUGGCGGGGGAGUCCAUAAAAUGGUCAUCGGCGAGGAGAAAGCACCCUCGCGGGAUGGAGACUCCCGCAUGUCAUGGACUAAUGAUAAGGAUAUGACAGACGGUGGGCCAGGGAGCAGGAGAUCCAGCGGAACAGACCAGCAACAUAGCCCUGGCUCCAUCACCAGCCCGGGGUUGGGCUCUACAACAGAUCAGACCAAUGAUGGAUCUAAAGAUACCACAGAUGAAGGCAUGGACGACAACGAUCCGUGGAGAAGGGUGAUACCGCAGCGUUCGUCAUGUGGGAGCAAGUUUGGGGUGUUGCGUCGUUCCAAAUCGGACCUGCAUCUCCGCUGCUCUGUAGCCUGGUCUGAACAGGAGCAAUUCUUUGACUUUUGCGGCCUGGACACCGAUCUGAUUGAGCGCCUCGGCCGGGACAAUUUCCCGUCAGGCGCCAGCUCCAUAGACACCCUUUCGCUGGCUCUUCGCAGCGUUGCCGGCGACGGCGGUACAGAGCCCAGCGAGUUCUCCCGCCACUCUGGGGACGGGUUGUUUCAGGAGGAGCUGGCCGAGCAGCCACCCACUGGCGUGUCCAUCAUUGAGAGGAACGCUCGAGUUAUCAAGUGGCUCUACGGGUGCAAGAAUGCCGCCCGGGAAGGACCCAAAGAGUCUACGGUUUGAUCCAGAGGACUAUAUUCCGUUUAGCACAUUGUUUACGUCAGUAAUGUGGCAGUUGAUUCUUGAGAAAGAUUUUUUCUCCAAAUGAUUCAAUGGAUCAAACUAUUUAUGGAUCAUCUGCAAAUGGACUGAUUCCAGAUAUACAAUCUUAAACAGAACUAGAUUCUGAACUGUUUUUUGAGGGCACAUAGCUAUAAUUGCAUGCUAAUAAUGACAGCACAGAUUUUGUGAACUAAAUUAUUGGAGAAAAGCUGCGUAAAGUGAACCAUGAGUACCUCAUUCAAAAAUGUCUGUUUUAAUUCAGAGCUUUUUUUUAUUUUUAUUAUUAAACGCAGGCGUUGGAACAAACUUGCCAGACUCCCCUGUGGGGUUGUUCAUGUACUGAAAUGGACAGAGAACGAGGUGAUAAAGAUAUAGGUUUUUCUCCUUUCUAGGGGGUUUAUUCUACUUUAUUUUUAUAUACACUGUCCUGAUAAUUGCUCGUGACACUAUUGAUUACCACUAAGAGAACCUGUGAAAAGUACUACGAACACCAAACUGUUUCUUCUAGUUAGCUUUCAAUAGAUUAUGGUCACCAUUCAAAAGUCAAGUCAAAGUGUAGGUUGCCGAAAUCCUGGACGAAAAUAGUUUUGAUGCAAGUGUUGUGGAAGUCAACUUCGUCAACCUUCAUUGGUACCUUCAACUUAUUGACGUUAGUGUGAAAGGGGCUUAAAACAAAAAGACAAUCAAGAUGUAAGCUGUUCAGUGAUGAGCUGCAUGUGGCGGUAAAGCCUCAAAGCUAAAACCACAGAUUCUACCUCACUUCAUUCAUCACUGACCAGUUCUACGGUUAGCUCACUUCUAUGGUACGGGCCAAACGCAGACUCCAGGGUCAUUCAAAGUAUGUUGACUAAUGCGAUAAAUUAACGGAAUGACUCGGAAACCUUGAUAGCUUUAGUGUCAUUAAUCAUCUCCAAGGCACACUCCUUCAACUGGACCUACUUUUGGUUGCAUGUUUACAAAAUGGCUCAUGUUUUUGUGAUUUUUUUUUUUUUACUCCAGAGAUCUGUAUCAUACACAUGGCAAAUAAAUACAAAUAAUGACUGAUUUCAA